CGCGAGCUUUCCGUUUGGCCAGCUGGCCAUCAGCACGGCGGAGAGAAUCGGGGCGCGGAGGCGGUACCCAUACCGCGUUGCAGGCUCUCGGGCUCGUGUCUCCCUGGACAGCUCCAUCUGGGCAUCAAAGGGCUGCAUCAGAAACCUGUGCUUACGGUGGGUUUGGGCUUAAAGCCGGCACCCGGAUCUCGGAACUACAUUUCCCAGAACCACAGGCGCGCCUCCGGUGAGACCGCGCAUGCUUACUGGAGACAAGAAGCCGUAGCUUCCGGCUAGUCGCGUGGUCGCGAGCUGAUGACCGGAAGACGGUUUUUCUUGUCUUUUCUUCAGACGGCUGUCAUGGCUGAAAACACAGACAGAAACCAGAUUGAGAAACUCCUAAGCAGAGUAAAGGAACUGGAGCAGGAGGUGAAAAGACUUAAGAAAGAACAGGCCAACAGUAUCAAAGACUCAAACAUCAGAGAAAAUUCUUUAGGCUCUGGAAAAGCUAAGCGUGCAUUUGAUUUCAAUGCUCAUGGCCGAAGACAUGUAGCUCUAAAAAUAGCCUACCUAGGCUGGGGAUACCAGGGCUUUGCCAGUCAGGAAAACACAAGCAAUACCAUUGAAGAGAAACUGUUUGAGGCUUUAACCAAGACCCGACUAAUAGAAAACAGACAGACAUCCAACUAUCACCGGUGUGGUCGAACAGACAAAGGAGUUAGUGCCUUUGGUCAGGUGAUUUCUCUGGACCUACGUUCUCAGUUUCCAAGGGGCAGGGAUUCAGAUGAUUCUAAUUUAAAAGAUGAUGAAGCCGAUGAUGUUGCUAAAGAGAUCCGUUAUACCCACAUUCUCAAUCGGGUGCUCCCUGCAGAUAUCCGAGUAUUGGCCUGGGCUCCUGUAGAGCCUAGCUUCAGUGCUAGGUUUAGCUGUCUUGAGCGGACUUACCGCUAUUUUUUCCCUCGUGCUGAUUUAGAUAUUGUAACCAUGAAUUACGCAGCUCAGAAGUAUGUCGGCACUCAUGAUUUCAGAAACUUGUGUAAAAUGGAUGUGGCCAAUGGAGUGAUUAAUUUUCAGAGGACUGUUCUGUCUGCACAAGUACAACUAGUGGCUCAGAGCCUGGGUGAGGAGAGAAGGCAAGAACCUUUCCAGUUAUGUCAAUUUGAAGUGAUUGGCCAGGCAUUCCUGUAUCAUCAAGUCCGGUGUAUGAUGGCUAUCCUCUUUCUGAUUGGCCAAGGAAUGGAGAAGCCAGAGAUUAUUGAUGAAUUGCUAAACAUAGAGAAAAAUCCCCAGAAACCUCAAUAUAGCAUGGCUGUUGAAUUUCCUCUAGUCUUGUAUGACUGUAAAUUUGAGAAUACCAAAUGGAUUUAUGAUCACGAGGUUCAGGAGUUCAAUGUUACCCACCUACAACAGCUAUGGGCUAAUCAUGCUGUUAAAACCCACAUGCUGUAUAGUAUGCUACAAGGACUAGACUCUGUCACAAUAACAUGUGGGGCAGGAACAAAGAUGGAUGAAGCAACAGAAUGGAGAAACAUUAAGCCCUCUGUCAUAAAGCAAACUAGUGCCUUUGUAGAAGGAGUGAAAAUGCGCACAUAUAAGCCCCUCAUGGAUCGCCCUAAAUGCCAAGGACUGGAAUCCCGGAUCCAGCAUUUUGUACAGAGAGGACGCAUUGAUCACCCACAUUUACUCCACAAGGAAGAAACAAAGGCCAAAAGGGACUGUGCCGACACAGAAGAAAAUACUGUUUUAGAGAAUCCAACAAAGAGGGUCUGUAUAAUAGAUGCAGAGAUUAACAGUACUGUAUAAUCCCAGCAAGCUAGGAUCUCUACCAGGAUCUAAGAAGCAACAAUCAGCUAAAAUUCUAAUGACUGGCUCUUAAAAAGACCUAACAAGUCUUAAACAGUAAAGGGUCUAAAUAUUCUCUAAUCCUUGUCCAAAAGAAUUUUGGAAUAAAAGCAAAAAGCACUUGUGAGCUAUAUAA